AUGGAAACAACACAAGUAUUAAUCAAUCAAUCAUCCUCUUUCUUUAAAAACUUAUUUGAACGUUUUUUUAUUCGUCUCGAUGAUGCACCUUAUGUGUACAUGUUACGAGACAUUGUUUGGGAAAAUGCCAAAGCGAAGUUAGGUGCUGUUAUUCAUAUACAUUUAUCUCGAUUAGGUAUUGCUUUCAGAUAUGACAUCGAUCAAAAUGUGAUCACCUCUCGUGAAUAUCCGGAUAUGCAUAUCGAUGAAAAUCAAUGGUUUGGAACAUUAACAGGUUUAAAAGUUGGUCUUCUCCUAUCACCCAUGACUAUAAAUAAUCAACAAAAUAAAUAUCGUCUCUGUCGAAAAUUGAUUAUUCCUUAUGGACAUGUUCAAGUUGAAAACACAUCAGAUAAAAGUCAUCAAACUGUUACUAUAGAACGAAAGGCUUCAUCAGGAACAUCACUUCAUCAAUAUUUUGUUUUUAUUUUAAAUGAUCGAUUACAUAUUCUUCAAUCAACUGAUAGUCCAACUGGAUGGCUCUAUUUAGCAUUAUUGCAUGCAAUGACAUCACAUCCUUUACCAGAUCAAUAUACAGGAAUGACUGGUAUGGAACGUUCUUUUCAACUAUUGAAUUCAGCUGGAUCUUGGUCUGAUCAACCAUACGAUCCAAUUUCUCUGAAUAUCCUUUCCCAAAUUGCAUCUUUAUCUCCAAAAGUAAAUUAUUAUCCUGAACAUCAGACAUGUAUGGUAAAAAUCGAUUGGAACACUCAAAAUUUACCUUAUUCCAUUCCACAUUUUGGUUAUUAUUUAUUAGCGAAGAAAUUAUAUGAAGCAAGUGAACAAUGGAAGUUUAUGUAUUCAACAAAUACAUCUCAUGGCAUACAGAAGUUGUUUGAAAGCCAGGAAUACAACGAAAAAGUAUUGAUUAAACUCUAUUGGGAUUAUCGAGAUUCAUUAUGGGAAAGUUCUACAUUAUCAACUACUUACAAUAAUCCUCUUCGACUUGCUGAUUAUUUAUAUUCCAAUGAAGAUGUAUAUCUAAGAGAUAGUUCAUUAUUGACAUGUUUUCCAUUAUCUCGAUGGCUAACAAAUGAAUAUCAACCGAAAAAUAUCUGGAUUGGUUUAUUUAAAUUAAUUGAACAACUAAAGGCAGAACAAAGUCCGAAUCAACAGUAUGAAAUUGAACGUUUAGAAAUACUCUUAGACUUUCUUCGUUACAUUUCUCGUAAACAUAAUACUCAACCGUUUUAUUUUCAACUACUCAAAUCAUUUCUGAAAUCAUCAACAACAUCACUACGAACUCUUCCAUAUCCUGAACUCAUGCGUUAUAAAAACAUCCAGGAAACAUCCGUUCAAUCGCAUCGUAUUAAUUUUCCACCAAGACUUUACCCAAAAAAUCGAGAAAUAGCUUUACAAGAAAUUCGAAGUUGUUUUAUCAAUUAUCGUGAGUAUACAAAUAACACUUUUCCAAAAUGGAACAUCAACAUAUAUCAAAUCGAGCGUUUAUUUGAAUCCUGGCGUGCCAAUGGUGUACUUCGUUCAUUUCUAAAUAAUAUUCAGAACCACAUUCAAUCCAUUACAAUUAUUCCAUUAAAUAGUGAAGUGAACGUCAAUCCUCAAAGUUUUGCAAUCGAAUCAUUUCAAAAUCAUUAUGAAAUUAGAAUUAAUUCUCAAAAUAAUUUUAUCGAUCAAAAAUUGCUUGAAUAUGCCAAACAAAAAUUCUUGCAUCCUCAUUUCGAUUAUUUCAUUAAACCAACUAUAUCUACUGAAAUAACAAAUGAGCAGCAGAAGGCGUUCCCCAAAGAAAUAAUUCCUUCGACAGAUCCUCAACUUAAUCCUCUUAGUGAUAUUGCCAAUCAUUUUAAAGAAUAUCUCAUAGAAAGUUGGACAAAAUUUCAAGCGACUAAAGAAUAUCAAAGAAAAUAUCCGGAUCUAAACGAAAUCAACAAUUUUCUCAAAUCUUAUUGUGAACAAUCGACACAAAUGUGGCAUGAAUUAACGAAAUCAAUUAAAUUAAAUAAUGAAUUAUUAUUCAAAACUGGUUUAAUGAUAAGAAUCGCACCAACAACAUUAAUAUCUAUCUUACAAGAAAUCUCUUUAAAAAAAGAAAUCAAUAUCAAUAACUUACCGUCAUUAUUCUUAACAACUGAUCAAUGCACAUUACUCGGUGGUAUCCUUGUCAAUUGCAUUGUCGAACAACAAAUUGAACGAGCAUUACAUCUCGCUAUUCAUGAGAAAUGGGAAGAUUUUGAAAAAGAAAUCUCCAAUAUUCCUCAUACAAAUUGGAUACCAGCAGAACAUGUUCCAUGGUUAAUUAUGGAAUUAGAAAUGAAUAUUACCAUUCGAGAAAUUCAACUUCAAGUUGCACGUCAUAUGAUGAAUCCAAAAAUAAUAGGAGACAACUCUUCAAUAUGUAAUAUUGUCAUGCAAAUGAAUAUGGGUGAAGGAAAAACUUCAGUUGUUCUUCCAAUUUUAGCACUUAAUUUAAGUUCAUCAUCAUCAAGUUUAGUUCGUAUAAUUGUAUUAAAAUCUUUAUUUCCAAUGAAUUAUCAAUCCUUACGAUGUAAAUUAGGUGGUUUAUUAAAUCGACGUGUUUUACCAUUUUCUUGUCGACGCGAUAUGAAUUUUACUACUGGAGAAGUCAAUCAAAUUUUUAAUCGUUUACAGCAAGGAUUAAAACAUUGUGAUGUGAUAUUAACUUCACCAGAAGAUAUUCUAUCAUUUGAUUUACUUACAAUAGAUAAAUGUCGACGAAAUGAAUUUAUUGUUGGUCAAUCAAUGUUAUCUGUUCAACAAUGGUGUAAAAUAUAUAUUCGUGANAGAAAUAAAUGUCGACGAAAUGAAUUCAUUAUUGGUCAAUCAAUGCUAUCUAUUCAACAAUGGUGUAAAAUAUAUAUUCGUGAUAUUUUAGAUGAAUCGGAUGAAAUUUUACAUAUUAAAUAUCAAUUGGUUUAUUCAGUUGGUCGUCAACAACAAGUUGAUGGAGGUGUAGAACGUUGGAAAACUAUUCAAUCGAUUUUAACAUUCGUUAAACAACAUGCUGCAACUAUUGCGCAACAGUAUAUGGAUGACAUUUUUUAUAAAGUUUCAACACGUCAGAGUCAUUUUCCGGAAUUUCGUUUAUUAUCACAUCAACCAUUUCCAACAUUAUGUCAACUUAUUCUCAAGGAAUGGCUUAGUCAAAGAAGUUUUCGUCAAAAUGAUUUGCAGGUAAUAGAAUCGUUUAUUUUGAACACAAAUUCAUCUAUAGAUGAUCUGACUGGUCGAUUUUCUGACACAAUUAUUCAAUUAUUCCUAAUUCUGCGUGGUUUAUUAUCAUCCGAAGUUCUAUUUGUUGCUUUGAAAAGACGUUAUCGUGUUAAUUUCGGUGUGAAUCAAAAUUCGAAAUUUGCUCGUUUAAUGGCUGUACCAUUUCGUGCAAAAGAUGUUGCUGCAGAAAAUACUGAAUUCGGUCAUCCAGAUGUUGCAAUCAUAUUAACUCAACUUUCGUAUUUUUAUAGUGGUUUAAAUGAUACACAAAUGAUGCAAUGUUUCAAUCGUAUGAACGAAGAAGAAGAAGAUCCUGAUAUGAUUUAUGAAGAAUGGAUUUCUCAAGAAGAUAAAACUGAUGAUUUGAUUUCAAAUAUUCAACAUUGGAAAUCAAUUAAUUUAAAAAAUUCUCAACAAACAACUGAAUAUCUCUUUCCAAGUUUACGUCACAAUAUCUUAGUAAUUAAUUAUUUUCUUAAUCAUUUCGUUUUUCCUCGUGAAGCAAAACAAUUUCCAAAUAAAUUGAUUGCUUCUGCUUGGGAUUUGUCUUCAUCACUCUCACGAAAACAAAUCAUUACUGGAUUUAGUGGGACAAAUGAUACACAAUUAUUGCUCCCUGCUCAUAUUCAUCAAUGUGAUUUACCAGAAUUGCGCAAAACCGAUGCUCUUGUUCUUAAUAAUUUACUUCGAAUUGAAAAUGAAAAUUAUCAAUGUUUACCGAUUAGUCCAAGUUCAGAAGAGAUUUUAAAAGAAAUUGUCAAUUGUAAAUUAGAUAUUCAAGUGAUUCUUGAUGUUGGUGCAUUAUUUAUCGAUGGAACAAAUCAUCAAAUAGCCAAGAAAUGGUUAAAUUUAUUAGAUAAAACCAAAAUUGAUUAUGCAGUUUAUUUUGAAUCCAAUGACAUUUUUGUUAUUGAUCGUCUUAAUCGAUGUCAUGCUUUUUCAACAUCACCUGCUAGUGAACGUCUAGAUCGUUGCAUAUUUUAUCUUGAUGAAAUUCAUACAAGAGGAACAGAUUUUAAAUUUCCAAAUGGUUUUCGAGCAGCAGUAACAUUAGGAAAUAGUUUAACAAAAGAUCGUUUAGUUCAAGCAUGUAUGAGAAUGAGAAAAUUAGGAAAAUGUCAUUGGUUAAGUUUUUGGAGUUCAAAUGAAGUUCAUCAUCAAAUUAAAAUGUUGAAAAGAAAUCCAUUGUCAACUGAUGAAAAAGUUACUCUAGUUGAUAUUCUUCGGUGGGUAUAUGACAAUAGUCAACAAGCAACUUGGGAUGGUUUGCAUCAUUGGGCUACACAAAGUUUAAGUUUUCAACGAAAAGUAACUAAUUUUCAAAAUAUCUAUCGGAACACUGAUCAACAAACAUAUACAAACAAAAUGAUGGAACAGUUAGCUAAAGAUUGUUUAGAAAAUGAAAUACUAGAUUUAAAAUCAAUGUAUGGUCAAUCAAAAACUUGGCAAACUAUUUUGGAAAUUUAUUCUGCUCGAUAUAAAUAUUUUCAGAUAUAUUCAUCCACAGAAAUUCAUAAAGCUGUUAUUAAACGUUUAAAAGAUUAUGGUGGAUCGAAAAAAUUACUAUCACAAUUAUUAGAUGAAGAACAACAGCGAGAAUUAGAACAAGAACAAGAAAUGGAAGAAGNUCAAUCAAAAACUUGGCAAACUAUUUUGGAAAUUUAUUCUGCUCGAUAUAAAUAUUUUCAGAUAUAUUCAUCCACAGAAAUUCAUAAAGCUGUUAUUAAACGUUUAAAAGAUUAUGGUGGAUCGAAAAAAUUACUAUCACAAUUAUUAGAUGAAGAACAACAGCGAGAAUUAGAACAAGAACAAGAAAUGGAAGAAGAACGACAACAAAAACGUCCACCAGUUGUUCAACCUUAUGAACCUGUUUUGCACAAUGAAAUAAAAAGUUUAUGUGAUAUGCAAGAUCCUACGGUGAAAUUAUACAACUUACCUUCAGUAUUUCGUCCUCUGAAAAAUGCUUUUCUUAGUACUACAUUUCAUGAACACAGCCAAUUUCAUUGUUGGCAAGCAAAUCUUUGGAUUUCGACUGAAUUUCAACGAGUUAUCCAAACACAUGGAGAAUCAUUAGAUCCAUUCCUACGUCCCCCACGAUGGGUGCUCAUCUAUCGUAAUCAACACGUUAUUUUUGUGAGUGCCUUUGAAGCCAAUUGGUUGCUUGGUCAAUUACAGCAUCUUCACCGCAACCAGAAAUUUGUUCAACCACCAACGACCACAUUACGACUUCUUCUGCCACGUCUUCAACGUGAUCGAUCGAUUUUCAUUGAUAUCUCACGCCUGACCAUUCCUUCAACUGUUUCUUGUUCUAUUCCAGUUGAAUGGUUGGCUCAAUUGUUUAUUUUUAAUGGCACUCUCUAUUUCAAUACUAUUGAAGAGCAAACAGCUUAUUGUCAAUGUUUAGGUUUAUGUCCAAAACCACGAACAAAACUCGAAGAUGAUGCUUACGAUAAUAGCUGGAUCGCUCUCGAUGGUUAUGUAGAACAACCAGAAUAUCGUAAACAACUACAACUUCAUCAUUGUUGUUUUUCUUCGAAUCCAUUGGUAUUUGUGAGAAAACUGCUUGAAAAUCGAAAUAGUUCACAUGCACCACUGACAUCACAUGUGGGCAGUAUUAUUUUCAAUGCAGUUAAAUUACCAAUAUUAUAA